AACGUUUUGUUUGCAGCUGUAUAGCUGAGUCCUUGGUCUCAUCUGCUCAAUCCCAUCAGAUCCCCUCACCUGGUUUAGCCAGGUGGCUGCUGUCCCCUUCUGACACGACAGCUUCUAGGAGCCACAGGUGAGAGCUAAGUGCAGGGUGGGAACCAAAGGUGGGCAAACUACUGCUGAAGUAGCAGGAUGUGUCCCCCACCAGAAAUACUACCCCUCUGCUAACACCCUGUACAUCCCAAGCAGUAUAUAAAAUUUCCUAAACAAAGGUGUCCCCCUCUUUUCCAGGCUUCAGCAAUGCAAUGCUUCAUACUAAGGGGGUGGGGGCCUGGGCCCCAAAUGCUGCCCUCCAGGGGGUCUGCCUGGCCCUCAGGACAGUCCCCAGGCCAUGCCUCACUCUAGCCCUGCUCCACACCCUCAAAGGCCUUUGCCCAGCUGAUAAGUGUCCUUGAACUGCCACUUUCCUGCCAGGAUGGAGAAAUGGGCAUUGGUGCCACAAACCUCAUUUUUGCACCGCUGGUAUGUCUGCUGCAGCAAGGUGGGAGCUUACACCUGUUGGCAUGGGGCCGCAGGAGGUUGCCUAUGGGCAAAUAGACUCCCUGGCCUGAUAAAGGGUCCCUGACCCUGUGACUCAGUUUCCAAGUAAGGUUGCCACUUUUUUGCAUGUGAGGCAGAGGGUGGAGGAAAACUUUGCAGGUGAAUUCUGAGCUUGCACCCCUCUGUGGCUCUUUGCAGCCGUUGCCUUAAAGUUCACACACACACACCCCGCCCACUCCAGAUCUUUUAAACAGCCCACAACUUCCUACACUUAUCACAGCAAAGCAAACCGCUGGCCAUGGGCUGCCUCCUGCUACUUAAUUUCAUAUGAAAAUAUAAAGCACACAAAAGGCCAUGCCCUGUUUUUGCACUGUCUCCCAUUUUACAGCUAGGGGAAACUGAGGUGGAAAGGGAGCUGUUUGUUGCGUUUAUCACAUUUACACCCCAGCUUUUUCUCCAGGGUGGCAUCCCCUGUUCUCUUUGUUUAAUCCCCACUGCAAUCCAGUGAGGCCGGUUAGACUGAGAGGCAGUGACUGGCCAGAGGCCACACGGUGACCUUUGUGGCCAAGAGGGGGGAUCUCCCAGGUGCUACUCUGACGCUCUAGUCUAGUCCAACUGGCACCCCCUGCAGAUUCUGGCCCGCGGACGCUUUUGCCAUCAUAAACUUGCUUGUAUUUGUGGCACUGCUCCUUGGCUAGCUGUCCGUCUGUGUUUUUUGCUGCGAAACCAGCCUGCCCCUUUGGAAAUGUAUUGGUGAGUGAGAACCUUGGCCUUCGGGAGCAGAGCCUCUCCCUCCCCAGCCCACGAUUUGGAGCCUUAGCUGCAAGUUCCUCGCUGCUUGUGGAAAUGCACUCUGCACGUGCUCUGGGGUUUGCUUUUGCAUGCAAACCACGUUGUGGGUUGUCUGUUACCUGUCUGGUUGGUUGUAAGCCGCUUUGGGUCGCGCUGGGCAAUGCUCACAAGGGGCCUCCGCUGCUCCUCCUCCCCGCCCAGGUGGAGGGGCGUGGCCAGAGCGGUGGGGGCGUGGUCACGCAGGCAUCGGCUCCUCCUCCCUUUCCAGCGUCUUCAUUCAUUUCUUCCUUCCUUCAUUUCGGGAGCGCCUCGAGCCCGCGACCCGGGACCGUGGCUGCAGGCGGCGCGAUGAGCUGCGGAGACCUUUUCCAGGUGUUCAGCACGCGGGCGAUGGUGCCCCGAGCCACCUCCGUCGAUCGGGCCAUGAGGCUUUGCCUGAGCCACACCCCUCCCAUUCGCAAGCUGCUGGAUUCCUACGAGGAGCUGCGGGAGGGUCUUGGGCACCAGCCUUUGCGCCCUUGCCUGAACAACUGCCUGGAAGGCGAGAGGCGAGACGCCAUCAAGGGUUGCCGUGGCAAGAAAAAGAAGAAGGUGGUCUUUGCCGACAUGAAGGGCUUUUCACUCACGGCUGUCCGGAUCUUCUCCAAGAUUGAGGAGGACCUGUGUGAUUUGCACCAAGCUCUGUCUCACCUGACCAACUUUCGGAACAAGCUACGUGGCUCCCGUCCUGAGACGAAAAAAUACAUGCUGGAUUUUCCCCAACCUUCUGCUGAUUAUUUAGCCUUUCGCAACCGCUUGCAAAGCAGCUGUGUGUCUCUGGAGAACUGUGUGAUCCAGGAGAAGUCCCUUUCAGGGACCAUCAAAGUCAGAAACAUCAGCUUUGAGAAGAAAGUGUACAUCCGCAUCACCUUUGAUUCAUGGAGGAGCUUCCGCGAUGUCUGUUGCCAGUACAUGCCCAACACAUACGGCCUCACCGACACGGAUGUCUUCUCCUUUGAGGUGGCCCUACCAAAGGCACCAGCUCCUUGCGGGAAUAUUGAGUUCUGUGUUUCCUUCCACUGUGGCCAGAAAGUCUAUUGGGACAACAACCACGGGAAGAAUUACAGAAUCCGCCCCGUAAUGGGUCCUUCCCCUCCCAAUGCACUCUCCCGUCUGGCAAAGGGCACCUUCACGGCUGGCGAGCCCCUGGGCACCUCUCGUGCUGCCGCUCUGGUCCUCUCUCGCUUGCACACCUGGAGGCUCUCCGAUGACCAAGCCUACUGGUAGGGAUGCUUUGGAUUGAGCUCUCUCGGCUGAGCUCCAGAUCACGACUCUGACCCAUUGCUCUCCUGGCGGCUCUUGCAAAGACUGUUCUGUGGCCAAUGCCACAUGCCGAGUCUAUACUUUGGCAGUGUGCAAUUUGAUCUUCAUUUGCAACCAAGCCAUAAGCUCUUGAGGUUCAUGGCAGAAUUGGGGUUGGCUGCACCAGAGAGACUUUGACGGCCAGAAGCUGGCCAAAUCAGAGGUGCAGGUCAAGGAGAAAGCAGGCUCUCCCAAUUAUUCCACUGCAGAUGGGAAAUGGACGGUUAUCUGGGAGGAGGCUUGCCUGGUUUCAUCAGCAUGGAUUAGAAAAACUGCCUAGGACCGUCAUAGCACCAUCUUGGUUCUUCGCCCUGCAGGCCAUUCUUAGAUCAGGGGUGGGGGAGCUUUUUCCUGCACAAGGGCCUCAUUCCCUUCCAGGGAACUUUCCAGGGUCUACAUGCCAUUGGUGUCUGGGGCCAGAAGUGCAACAAAAUGUCCCAAUUUCUACAUACCCUCAUACAACCCCCUCUGUUGUCCAUCCAUUGUCAUUGCUGCCCUGGGCUCCUUUGGGAGCAAGGAGGGAAUGUAAAUUUAAUAAAUUAUUAUUAAUAAUAUCAAGCAAGUUCAAGGACACAUUCCAGCCAGGCAACAACCCUCAAAGACGGCCAAUAGUGGGUGGGGAGAGGGGUUCUGACCUGCAAAGAAUCCUGAAGGUUAGAAUGAGAGGCUGGGAAGGCCAUGUUUUGGCCCUGGUCCAGAGAUUCUUUGCCCCUGACUUCUGUCUGCCUCUCUCUCUCACACACAGACAACCCUGACUCCCCAUAUUGCAAUAAAGGUACUGACCUACCUGACCGGGUGGUUGUAAGGAUUAUGCACGUGAAGAGCUUUGCACGUCUAAUAUCUCCAACCCUACAUGCACCUACCAGAGAGUAAGUCCCUUUGGCAGGACUGACAUCAGGAGUAAAUGUGCAUAGGAUCUUGUGCUGCACAAUGCUGAUGUAAAUGUCAAAUUGUUCAUUAAAUAUUGUUCCUGUGUA